AUGCCCAAGGUUUUCACUGGAGCACGCGCCAUUCAUCGUCAAAGCCUAUCCAUCGGGUUUAAGGCCUCCCAAUAUUUGAAAGCUGCUUUGAAACAGGAUCGAUUUCCGAAAGCCCAGAGCGGAAGGUGGAAUAUAAAGGCAGUGCCCCUGCUGCUUUCAGUUCCUUUAUCAAGUGGCUCUACCGAUCCGGUUCAAGGAACUCAGGCUCUUUGCCAAUUUGUUUCAAGGAUUAGGCUCAAUAGGGGCAACAUGCUAUCUCUCUAUAUGACUGACCUUUUGAGCCAAUUUCCAUCGCGAAACUCUGAAUUCCCAUCUACACUUGCUGUUGCAUCUUCCAUAGGCUGUUACAUGUCAGGCUCCAUCUGGGUCUGUUCCCCUAUCUAA